AGUGGAGGCGAAACAUCCUAAAGAAGUCAAACUCUUGUUGUCAGUUAGACAGUGUCAACAUGUUCAUUUACCUUUUGACACUUGAAGAAGCAGCGUCCCUGCAGUGAUGGUGAUGAUGAUGAAGGUGAUGAUGAAGGUGAUGGCGGCAGUCACGGUCCAUGAUGGCUAAACUGAAAACUUGAGGAGCAACAAACUUUUUUUUUUUUUUUUUUUAAUAACGAGGAGUCCUCUCCCAGACUUUCUCUGCCUAACCUGAAGUAGCAGCACCAUGGCGCACACCGCUUCUGUCUCCGUGUGGGCAUUUGCUUUUAGCUUGUGCUUCGGUGUGAGCAAGUGUUACUUUUCUAUUCCUCUUAAAAUCUACCCAGGGAGAUACAACUUCUCCUCCGACUUGGAUGUGACUUCACUUGGUCCCGGAGCUUUAACCUCGGAUGGAAACAGCCUCUCUCUGGCCUCUGACCCCACUGGUAAAGUCAACUUUCUGGACAUGGUGAACAAUUUGGAGGGAGACUCUGGAAGGGGCUACUACAUAGAAAUGUCAAUUGGCACUCCUGGCCAAAAGCUGAACAUCCUGGUGGAUACAGGCAGCAGCAACUUUGCCGUGGCUGCCGCUCCACACCCAUAUAUUACUCACUACUUCGACACUGCACUUUCCAGUACCUACGAGUCAUCUCGCCGCACUGUGGGUGUCAGGUACACUCAGGGAAACUGGGAAGGUGAACUGGGUAUCGACCGUGUCACCAUCCCCAUGGGCCCCAACGGGACCGUCAUCAUCAACAUAGCGGCCAUCCUGUCGUCUGACGGCUUCUUCCUCCCUGGGGUGAACUGGCAGGGCAUCCUGGGACUGGCCUAUCCCAUGCUGGCACGGCCGGACUCGUCUGUGGAGCCCUUCUUCAACUCGGUGGUGAAGCAGCUGGGAAUUCCUGAUAUCUUCUCCCUCCAGAUGUGCGGUGCUGGACUGUCAGCCAGCAGCACGGCGGACCCUGCGGGAGGCAGUCUUAUCAUGGGAGGGGCUGAACCAACUCUGUAUCAGGGGUCAGUCUGGUACACCCCUAUAUUAGAGGAAUGGUACUACCAAGUGGAGGUUUUGAAGCUGGAGGUCGGCAACCAGAAUCUGGACCUGGACUGCAGAGAGUAUAACAUGGAUAAAGCUAUAGUCGACAGUGGGACAACACUGCUGCGACUUCCUGUCAACGUGUUCAACGCGGUGGUAGGAGCCAUCACACGCAGUUCACUGAUCCAGGACUUUUCCUCAGGGUUCUGGGAUGGCACCAAGCUCGCAUGCUGGAUGAAGGGAGAGACCCCUUGGAGGUUUUUCCCCAAGCUGUCCAUCUAUCUAAGAGCCACGAACACCAGCCAGUCCUUCCGCAUCACCAUCCUUCCUCAGCUGUACAUCCAGCCAAUCACAGAUGUGGACGGUACACUGGACUGCUUCCGUUUCGGAGUGUCUUCAUCUGCUAACGGCCUGGUGAUCGGGGCUACCGUUAUGGAAGGUUUCUACGUGGUGUUUGAUCGUGCUCAGAGGAGACUGGGCUUCGCACUCAGCAACUGUGCAGUGAGUAAUGGAGUGGCUCUGUCAGAGAUCGCCGGACCCUUCUCAGCAGCAGACGUGGCGGCCGACUGCUCCAGCGGGGUGCUGAAGGAGCCUCUACUGUGGGUGAUUUCCUACGCUUUGAUGGCGGUCUGUGCCGUGAUCCUCAUCAUCCUGCUUCUCCUGCUGGUCCUGCCCUGCCGACACAGAGACCGCUCCGGGGAGAUAACUGACGAGUCCUCACUGGUCCGCCACCGCAUCAAGUGACUGAGAGGAAUGGGACGGGCAAACAGGGUGAACGGAGCGGGGACCAGUGAGCAGAGCCCGUCCACAGCAGUGGAGAAAAGGGUUAAACCUGGACCACACCAACCAUCAACACUCAGAUCUGAGUGUCUGACAGACUCUAGACUGCACCCAUCAGCUUGGCCCAAGGAGGUAGAUACGGACAGAUCAACUGCCUCUUAAAGGGAAAAUCCACCCUAAAAAAAACAAACUGAACCAAACUGACACACUUUGUUAUCGAAGACCUUGUGACGCACACUAACCAUCACACAGCAGUGAUGUGUAAUAGUAAUAUCAAAAGGUGGAGUUCCCUCCUUACAGACAAUCACAGAACAGCAGGUGAGGAGGACAUUAGCAGUACAUGCACUAUUAUUCUUUAAUAAUUUAAAAGUUACAGUUUUGAUAUCCAGGCAAAUUGUGUAUAAAUAAUUUCUAAGGGCUCAAAACCUCUUUAAAAAGUGCCUUUACUGUUGAUCAUCUGCCACCAACAGAUCUCUUAGCUUCUUUCAAGAUCUAAAUGCCAACUCUGUGAUCAAUGAAGGAAUGCCUUAUUAUAUUUAAAGUCUGCAAUUGUAGUAAAGUUUGUGCCUGUGUAUAUUGAGUUUAAGGGGAAAAGCUGCUGAAACAAUCACAGUUAAUAAGAAUAUUCGGGGUUACACACAUGUUUACAGUGCCUAUAGUGCCUUUAAGUCUCGGCUCACUACAAACACAUCUUGAUAUACAAUAUCAGCGCUAUGAGGCUGACUCUGCUGAAUUGCACUGUCUCUAAAACUGAUCAAAAGUGUAAUAUAAAAGGUAAAGAUGAAUAAUUCACAUUCUGUAAAAUAAUAGUUAUGCAAUUUGUUGUAUUAUUGUGAUUUCACUAAUUCUGUUUUUGUCCAACUUUUGAAUGAAUGUGAUUGUAUUAUUAUUCCAAGUAUUUGCUUUAUAGAUGCAGUUAUGACACUCGUUUUGCUAGGGUACAUAUUUAUACUGCACAUUUUAUACAAAUCAAACACUGAAGUAGAAGCCAAAGGAUUUUGAACUACAUGCAUCAUCUGGGUACAUGUGGGCUACAGUUAGCUUUUUAGCAAAGCUGAUUGACCUAAAACGCCAUUUUACUGUCUCUUUGACAUGAGUGACAGCUUUAUAUGUAAAAGUCAAUGAUACAGUAUGUGAAUCAUGGUCCUCUGCUGAGGCUGUGCUGCACAAUCUGAAGGAGAAAUAUGUGCUGUUUGAUUCUGUUAAUGAGUGACACAUCUCAAACUGCACUAAUAUCUCAGCCUGCCAACAUUUGAAGGUGUCAAAUUGAAGGUACACUUGAAUCUUUGAAUGUUCACUUAUUUAUAAGUGUAUUUUUCUGUUCCAAAAUUGUACUUGUGCUGUAAAUAAAAUAAUGUGACCAAAUAAAAGAUAUAAAUCAGAAUAGUGA